AUAUACAGUAAAUAUGAAGCCCGGACACAUUGUACUUUUGGUAUUUUUAAAUUUAAUAAACUUUGUCUUUAACUUUAUUCGACUUUACCGCCACAAGAUGGAAACUAAUAAUGUCAACAAAAAUAACGGCCUGGGAGGCUAAGCAGAUACUCCAGCCGUCAAAUAAAAUAAAAUUUUUUGUAGCCCUGGCGAAUGGAACAGCUGUUCAAAACUGGUGGCACACGCUAUUUUGUUUUGAAAACAUAAAAAUGGAGUGCGUAAGUUGUGCAAGUAUCACAGAUAAAUACAAAUGCAGCAAGUGCUUAGCACCGUACUGCUCUGUAAAUUGCUACAAGGAACACAAAACGCAGCCACAGUGUAUGGAAAUUGCAACAGUGAAGCAAGCAACGCAGCCUGCCAAAAAUGUGACCGAAGAGGAGCCCACAAUAUAUGCACCUUUUAGCACGGAGGAUACUGUGCCGCUUGACCGGCUGGAGCAAUUGAAGAACUUUGAACCAUUGCGGCAACUGCUCCAUAAUCCACAUCUGCGUGCGCUACUUCAGCAAAUCGAUGUAGCGUAUAAUGCAAACCUGGCUAUGACCGCUGCCAUGCAGGAGCCGCUUUUCGUGGAAUUCGCCAAUGCUUGUUUGCAGGUGGUGGAGCCCAUGACGGAGGCGGAGCGUGCAGAGCUGGAGCUGUGCAGUUGAAAAUUAGUGCAUAUUGUGGCUUGUUACAGGAGUCUGUUGUGCCCACGUCUCAUGCAUGUAUUUAAAAUUAAGCCUCAAUAUAUGUAGUUAAAUUUCAGAAAACGUA